AUGGGUUUUCAUAUGAAUUUAGGUGAACUGAGGUUUUGCUUCAUUUCCCUUUUGAUUCAUGAAGAGAGCAUAGUAAUUUUUAUAUAUUUGAGGCUUGAAAUGCUUUGUGUUUAGAAUCACCCAAUCAUCAAAUAUAUAUUCAAUUUUUUAAGGAUUAUUGCUAAACCCACAAAUUUAGAGCUUUUUAAAUAAUUAAUAGUAAUCUCAAUAGUUUUUUGUGAUUAAAAAUGCAAUUGUGUAUAUUUUCCAGAUCAUUUAUUCAAUUGA